AUAGUUCCCAACAACCGGGCUUGUAACCUCAUUUUGACAUCAUAAAUUUUGGUCAGGUGACCAACUUUUAUGGCACCUCGAUUCUUGUGAAACCUUUGGUCUGGAAUGGAUUGUUGGUUAGACUGGUUCAGCUGCCAUAAUUUAUAUGUAAUAUGGCAGGUCGCUAUGGCAUAAAAUAAUGUGUUCCUCACAAACCAAAGUGUUAUUUAUUGCACUAUUUCUUAUAUAUACACUUUUAACUGUCUAUCUCUCACAAAGGAUUUUUUUUUUCUUUUUACCAUGUGUAAUCUCUAUUCCACUGAUUAAAACCACAGCAAUGUUUAACUAGCUGGCCAAACAUCAACAGUGUUUGAUGAAAACUUAACUCUGUGUUGUUACAGAGUAAACUGCCUGAUUGUUCGAGGUUUGAAGGAGCAUUCUUUGCUAUACUAAUACCACACUACCCGUGGUAGAAAAACCCAGUGGACCAUGGAAAAGAAACAAAUCAUCAUCGACACAGAUUGUGGCAUAGAUGAUGCUCAGGCUAUCAUGAUGGCACUGGCAGCCCCUCAUGUCCACAUCCUGGGCAUUACUUGUGUGUUCGGAAAUGCAGCAGUUGAAAAUGUGUGUCAGAAUGUUCUUGCAGUGCUCUCUGUCUGUGAGCAGGAGGGGAUUCCAGUGUUUCGGGGGUCUGGCAGUCCUCUGGUCACAGGAUCCUGUUUGAUUAACGACCACUUUGGAGGUGAUGGACUUGGAGACGUGAUUACAGAUAAAGAUCCUCACUGGGAAGGCAAAAUUCAGAAAGAACAUGCUGUCAAUGCCAUGAUCAGAUUAGUAUCUGAAAACCAGAAGAAGGUCUCCCUGGUGGCCCUCGGCCCACUCACCAAUCUGGCACUGGCCGUCAGACUGGAUCCGUGUUUUCCACAAAAGCUUAAAGACCUCUAUGUUAUGGGCGGCAACAUGGAAGGAAAAGGAAACGUGACAUUAUGUGCCGAAUUCAACUUUGCAAUGGACCCAGAAUCUGCCUACGUCGUUCUGGAAGAAUUUCUGUGCCAAACAUACGUCGCGACUUGGGAGUUUGCCUGCAGAAAUAUGUUGACAUGGGAGUUCUUUGAAGAGCUGAUCAACCAGGAUGCCACUGCCGCUCGCUUCAUGAAGACGAUAACGUCAAGGUGCUCCGCCUAUUCCAAAGAAUCUCUGAAGAACAAGAGAGACAUUUACUUCGGAGCAGGCUUCGUUUCCUACGACAGCUACGCAAUGGCAGCGUGCAUCGACAGCAGCGUGAUCACAGAGAGCAUCGAGUGUCCGGUUGCCGUGGAACUGCAGGGCGUCAUCAGCCGGGGCAUGAUGACACUAGACCGCACGAAGGAGCUGAAAAAGAGCCACAGUGUGUGUGUUUUCACCACAUGUGAUGUUGUCAGAGUUGGUCAGCUGCUGAUGGGGUCUCUCAGACAACCAAUCAAUCAGUGAAUAAUCUAAGGCUUGUUUUUGGAUAAUGCAGAUGUAAUAAUCUAAUACUUAUAUCGUGAAAAUUGAGACUGGUCAAACUACUUGACGAUUGUUUUAUAAUAUUUAAGCGCAUAAUUUUUUAGCAUUUUUAAAUGACAAAAUUAUAAAUAGAAUCUACAUUUUAAAUGAAUUGCUUAAUUUUGUGCAGUAUUCUGAAUGCAAUAAAGUAUAAAUAAAAGUC